AUGUCCUUGUCGUAUACUCCGCUAAGAUCGGUACCUCAGCCAGAUAUCAGAGGAUCAAUAUUAAUUAUACCCUCCAUCUCGAUUGGGAACAUCCCACAACUAAGUGUUGAUCUCCUUAUACACUCGUAUAAUUUCACUAAAAUUGGUUAUUUGAAUGAUUUGUAUUUAUACCCCUUUGCUUCUCCGAUAGAUUAUGUAUCGACCCCAAGCAAUGAAGGCAUAGCACAUGCUAUUGAGGUGUACUAUUCCUCGCCCUUGAAUACUACAUUGAUCCAGCAAAGAAGUCCUAUUGCGCCAACGUACACCGAACCGUUUGUUAAUGAAACAAUAGUUCCAUUUAUCAAGCUGAACAAUUUCCAAAAAAUAGUAAUCUUGAACUCAUCAGACGCCGGAUUGGCGGAAGGCGUCAGUUCUGGUGACAUUAAGUAUUACGAAGCUGAAGAUUUAAUCACUGCAGAUUUUGAAAGAUUAACUAUCUCCAAAAAUUACGAGGUUGUUGAUAAUCUGCAACAAACUCCAAAUUCGAAAUUUGUGAGCUUUUUGUUAGAAGCUUUUGACUUACCCAACGCAAAGUCUCAACUGCAACAACUGCAACAACAACAACUGCAACAACUGCAACAAUUGCAACUGCAACUGCUGGGGUUGUCUGAGCAGCAAUUGAAAGAUAGGAACGUUGCUUUGCUAAUGAGCUAUGUCUACGAAGGAGAUAAUUUCCAGGAUGCUGAAAAAAUGACAAUCAAACUAAAGGACAUUUUAAAUUUACUACCUCAAGAAGACACGAAACUAAUUAAGCCUGUAAGUUGGCAAGGAGCAUAUGGUGAUAAAUCAGUACCAAAUGCAAUGGAGGAGGGAAUAUUCGGAUAA